UUGGAAUCUGUCAAAAGAUCGAUAAAGUCUCGUGGAAAUCCGUACCUCUCGGGCCCUGAAUAAAGUUCCGACGAUCGAAGGACCAGCUAACCCCAGAUUCAUUUAACCGAAGUUCGUUUAAAAUGUCGAAGCCAAUCGCGUAGCGCUUUCUCCGCUUCUCCGCAUGUGGAACGGUUUUUAGAGCCCCCGGUCUCCCCCUCAAUUUUAGGAUCUGGCAUGAUCCUGUCCCUGCAGCAUGGUACGGAGCUGCAUCUUUCUAUUGCAGGCGCCAUGCUGUCGGACGACAAUGCCACCCCGGAUGAAACCAUGGAUACGGACGUGGAUGUGGAUGCGCAUGCUUCAAGUGGAGAACAAGCCGAACAACCCUUGUUGAACUCGGGACAGGUGCAAUGUUCGGUUUGUAGCAGCACAUUUCGCCGACCAGAACAUCUGAAGCGCCAUUUGCGCAGUCAUACUAAAGAGAAACCGUUCGAAUGUGCUCAAUGCGGUCGGCAUUUCUCUCGGACAGAUACCCUCCACCGCCACGAACUAAGCCACCAUAACCCAACAACCGACGGCGGCAAAGAUCGCACACAUCGGAUUACCGUCAAAACCUUUCGCGCAUGCUUCAGUUGUGCGACAGCCAGAGUCCGAUGCAGUGGGGGUAUGCCAUGUGGACGGUGUGAAACCCGGACACUCGAAUGCCAAUACCCCACGGAGAGACGUUCUAAAGCAAGAGCGAGGAACGGCGCACGAGGAGCGCCUGUAUCAAGAAUUCAUGAUCCGGAUUCUCAUUCUCCAAUACGAUCUCCUCGGACCCAGAGACACAAUUCGUCUGCUCAGGUGGAACAUGGAACACCUUAUCAGCUCGCCCAAUUCUCGGUGAACGACUUGAAUGACCCACCAUCGACAAAGCCCUCGAUGGAAACUUUUCAAAAUACAAUUGGCGCCCUCGUGGAGAAUACACCGUCAGAUGGAAGGGGCUCGGCGUCGGGGCCUCCUGAUCCCCGGUUAUACUUACCACCCUCAAACCCUUUGUCGUCUACAGGGCCGUUGCCAAUGCCGACAUACCCCAACGGAGAAUAUCCUGGAAUGUCAAAUCCGAAUUUGCCCAAGAUGUUUGCCGUUGAGACGUCAGCUGGUCUUGGCCCUGAAGGAAGGGAUCCUCAAUCGGGCAUACCAAAUUCGGGGGUCGAUAUCGAACUGGAUAUGACGGGGAAUCCGGAGAUUGGUUUGGAUUUUGAUCCGUCAUUUUUCGAUCAAUCUAUGAUAUCCGCUAUCAACUGGCUUCCUAACGAGCUUUUCGCUGGACCUAUGACUAGUGACCAGGGCCAAGACUCCAGAGCCCCUUCGCAAUUUUCUCAACCAGCUCUUCCAGAAAACUAUAUGGCUCAUAUAGCAUGGCAACCACCAGUCAUAAAUGCUGAUCAAAUUAGUACGUCAGUACCUGAAAACAUCUCCCAAACGCCAUCUGGAAAUCUGUCUCUAGGCACUGACAUGGGAAGUCCACGACGCCGAAGUUCCCAUGUUCCCAGCGAAACAUCGCUCCAUUCUGAAUCUGUCGAUUCAACGAAACGAUCAGCGGACUACUACGUCGAUGGCGGCGGUGCUCGGCUUCCAAAAUACAGAAAGAGACAGACACACUGGUCGACUUCAUCUGCCGACGUGAAUUCUACCAAUGAGUCUCUUUAUGAAGCCAAGUCACACCGAUUUGACUUUCCCAGUACACAUGAAGUCAACAUGGAAAUUAUUUCAGAUGAAAUGAUGUCCUCUGUCCGGAAAAUCGAAUCCACGACUUAUAACGAAAUAUACCGCAAUUUUAUCCUGCUUUGCCGAAGCGAGAAUCCAUUUUUUGAAAUGUUUGAGACUGAAAAUUUUCCGUCCGCAGAGGAUUGCAACCGGUACCUCAUCUGCUACUUCGAUUCUUUUCAGGCAGUAUAUCCUAUGGUUCAUCUACCUUCCUUCAAUCCUAAUCACUGCUACUGGCUCUUGACUGUGGCCCUUGUGGCAAUCGGCUGCCACAGUUCAAACACGCCAACAGCAGACCAGCAUACAGCUGCCUUUCAUGAGCUGAUUCGGCGUGCUCUUCAUGUCGAGAAAGAACGAUACCGACCUGGCCAGGAUUCUCUUGAUCUAAUCCAAGUCAUACUGCUAAACUGUAUUGGCCUUAUCCACAGCGGAAGUGAGCGAGCUAAAGCAUCCGCCUUGAGCUCUUUCAAGGAUCUCGUGACUCUCAUGAACCGCGAAAAGUUAUUGGCGAUGGUAAAACCAAGCAAAGUGCGUGGCUCGUCAGAUGAUGCUAUAUGGAUGAAUUGGGUCCAAGAUGAAGUUCGGAGACGGACUGGCUACUGUAUCUGGCUUUUGGACUGUACAAUUGCUUAUUACUUUGACGACCGACCACUUUUAUCCCUCGAUGAUGGACAAGCUCCAUUACCUGCACAUGAGACGCUGUGGCAUGCCAAAUCUGCGGACGCGUGGAAACAGCUAUGGGAAAAUCCAGCUAGCGACUUUCAUUCGCCGAAUCAUUCCCAGGCUUCUUUUCGGACUUCGCCGUACACAGUCAAUGAGUCUUUGUAUGAUGCGGUGCACAUACUCUACAUUGAAAAGAGGCUGGUAUCAGGUAUUGGAGAAUUUAGUCACAUUCUUCUCAUACAUGCUCUUUAUCACCGCAUGUGGGAAGUGGGCGAUUACUUCCGCAGGCCGCUUUCCUUCUGGAACCCGACUGCCAAGAAGCAAUCUCGUGAGACUGCUAUUCCGAUUGGCUCUGUCUGGCUUCCAGGAAUUCCAUCAUAUUCUAAAUGGCGCAACAGCGCCUGUGAUUGCCUCGACAUCCUUCACUGGACUGCCAAUAGCACCAUUGCCAAAGCCGCUGGACUGGAACAUCCAACUGUUCUUCAUCUUCAUGCUGCACGGCUUGUUUUACUGGCACCAUUUCGGGAGAUUCGCUGUCUCGCUACCUCUCUAGCGUUCAACAAGUUACGGUGGAGUAGACGAACUCACGCCAUUGAGUGGCAGUAUAUAUGGCGCUGGAUACGUCAUGACCAGUACAAAGCUCGUUUAUCAAUAAUUCACGCUGGGGUGACCCUUUGGCACGUUCGACGAUACUCCACGAAUGCAUUCCAUGAGCCAGCAGCCGUGUUCGUCGCCGUGCUGACACUAUGGGCGUACGGGUCCUGUCAUGUGCAUGGACCAAUGGAUACCAGCCCCAAUUCGCAGGCUUCGAGAGCGGUUCCAUCACAGGAGCCAAGUUUCAUUCAUCUGGAUCGUCCCUGCGAUGAUGAACUGGUCCAACUAUUUGUGCGAGAAGGUCACUCGAUGCGAGGCAAUAUCACAGGCGUAGGAGAUAUUUGUGCGCCCGAGGGCCCAGAGAGGGUUCUCCGUAUCGGCUGCGAGAUUUUAUCUAAAUUGACUGCAUGGGGAAGCUCCAAAAGAUCCAUAGCGAUUCUGAGUCACUUGGCUGAUUUGGUGGCACGGAAUCCAGAUGGGGAGCAGAGCCGCAAUGUCAAUGCGGAUACUCGCUAG